GCCUGAUCAAGAAUACCUCGCACAAUAUUGGACAUACCAUGCCACUAACUCAAAAUGGAACAAAGAAGCAAUUAUCUAUGUCUGGGCCUAGACUGAAUAAGAUGGCCUCCAUUUUUGCAACCCAAUUUGUUGGGUUUUGAAAAUGGGCUGUGACCUAAUGAAGAGGCCCAAUAUAAGGGGGAGUGAGAUGGCCUUAGUGGCAUCAGGAGGGUUUGGAACGAAAAACCCAUUGUCCUCCCUUGAGUCCCUUCCUUUCCUCUGGCGCCGCAGCCUCCUUUUCUUUCUUUCUCCUUUUUUUCAAUAAUCUCUUCUCUUCGUACCCCAACCGAUCAAAGCACCCAAUAACGGAGCAAAGAUCCGCGACGAUGGUGAUGACGAAGGGACGAUGGCGAGACUGUGCAGCGACAGGAGGGAAGACUUGACGGCGGGAAGGAACGGCGACGACGGCCGUGACUGGGCGACAUCGACGGUGAUACGGAAAUGAAGGCGGGGAAGACGAACGCCGCGGCUGACUCAUGGCGACGACGGCGGUGAUAACGACGAGCUGGGUGGAUGAUUCAAAUUGACGGAUCUAUUACUUCCACCGCCUCCCUCUUAUAAAUCGCCUCUGCUCUUUUCCCGCGGGAGUUCUGGUUUGGGCGCCGGUGCCGCUUGAUUUACGACGUCGGCUUGAUUUGGAGCUUGCAGGAGGUCCGGUGGUGAGCGCCGUGGUGACACAACAGCCGACCAGAGAAUGGUACUAUGGCGCGGCAAUGAUGGCUGCACUUGAUGGCGGUGGUAGCGGAGGCAGGGGUGGCCUGGCGAUUGGUGGGUUACGGAAUCCAUUGACUGAUCGACGGCGGUUGUACUGAUGGCGGCGACUGGUGUGAGGAUCCAUGGCAAUGGCUUGUUCCAGUGCUUCUGCCACUGCUGUAGAAGCUAGAAUCCUCCUCUGGAUUUGAUUGCGGAAGCUUGAGAUAAUGGUGACGAGAAUGGUGACUCGAAUGAUGGCGUUAGAUUGGAGAUGAGCAGCCUGGAGAAUGCUCACUCAUGACUGGAAGCUUGGCCACACGACUGUUAAUGGUAACUUGGUUUUUUUGCCGCUGUUCAAUGACCAAGGAACACUGAAGAUGCUCACGUCCUCCACUUUGUAGAGUCUUCACUGCUAUGGAUAGCUCUCUAAUAGAUUGUUAUCGGCGAGCGAGAGGCUGACAGCAAAGCGGCGUUGGAAGGGUCGGAAGAUUAAAGAAGGAGAUGGUGGCGAUACAGCUUGGGCUUGCCCCUGCCAGUUACUGCUACCCUUCCAUUCUCUUUCUUCCUCGAUUCCGCUUCUUAAAACGAAGACGGUUUGCUGUUGUUGCCAUGAGCAAUGAUCCUAUCACUGAGUGGAUUCUGUCGGAAGGGAAGGCGACGCAGAUUACAAGGAUUAGCCCCAUUGGAGGUGGCUGCAUAAAUCGUGCUAAUCGUUAUGAAACUGAUGCUGGUCCUUUCUUUGUUAAGACAAACAGGAGCAUUGGACCGUCCAUGUUCGAAGGGGAGGCUCUUGGUCUUGGUGCUAUGUACGAAACUGAAACAAUCCGUGUUCCGAGGCCAUUCAAGGUUGGAGCUCUGCCUACUGGUGGAUCAUACAUAAUCAUGGAAUACAUUGAAUUUGGUGCAGCUAGAUCUAACCAGUCUGAGUUAGGGAGGAAGCUUGCUGAAAUGCAUAAAGCCGGGAAAUCAGCAAAAGGCUUUGGCUUUGACGUGGACAAUACAAUUGGCAGUACUCCACAGAUAAACACAUGGACUUCGGAUUGGAUCGAGUUCUACGGAGAGCACAGAUUGGGAUAUCAACUGAAGUUGGCAUCAGAUCAGUAUGGUGAUUCAACCAUAUAUCAGAAAGGGCAAAGACUGGUGAAGAACAUGGCAGCCCUGUUUGAGAACAUUGUGAUAGAGCCAUGCCUGCUUCAUGGAGACUUGUGGAGUGGGAACAUCAGUUCAGACAAGAGCGGGGAGCCAGUUAUACUUGACCCUGCAUGCUAUUACGGACAUAGUGAAGCAGAAUUUGGAAUGUCAUGGUGUGCGGGUUUCGGAGGGGCAUUCUACAAUGCUUACUUCGAGGUGACGCCGAAGCAAGCAGGGUUUGAGAAAAGGAGGGAUUUGUACAUGCUCUACCAUUACCUGAAUCAUUAUAAUCUCUUUGGUUCUGGAUACCGCUCCUCUGCCAUGUCCAUCAUAGAUGACUACCUCCGCUUGCUAAAUGUAUAGGCACAAAGAAACAAUCCUCCAUUGAGUCUAGUUUUCUGAACCAGAGAUGUACAGCUGUUUCAGUGUAUAAUAACAAAACCCAUGCCUCCAUGAUUACUAGCUCUCUGGUCUCAUGGUAAAUUUUAUUAAAGAGAAAAGGUCUGAGAAGUAGGAAGCAAUAGAGGAAGAAAACAGAGCAUUCACCAGAGCAGGUGAUCGACUGUUUCCUCUUCUCAACACCUCCUUGCUAAACUCCCAAUAAAUGAGCAGGUUGUCAAGCGUGAGAAUUUUCUUGAGUGAAGUGAGCCAAAUGAAAGUACAUACUUCAGUGGGGACGGUGUGCCUCCACAUUGAACCGGCAGGAAAGUCGUUGAUUCCUGAAAAUUUGUUUUUCGUGAUGGCCCUGUACGUACAACGAACAGAAAAUGGGUGAUCCAGGUUAGGUAGCUGAUUUGGGUCCAAAAGUACACAUUUUACCUCUCAUUUCUUAUUCGAUAUGUUUAGUAGAUCACCGUCCCUCGACCUAUUUUACGCUAGGUUGUGCUUGUUUUGUUACAUUUCAGGUCCUAGCACGUGAGGAAAGUUCCGGGACGAGUUUCGAGUCAUUCGGAGGUUAAAAUGAGCCAAAAAGUGGAGGUUAAGCCCUGUUCACGGGCUGGAGCUUCAGUUCACGGUCGCUAAGACUGUGAAGUGGAAGUCCAAACCGUGAAGUGACAAAUUUCCAGCACGGUUCUACAAAUUACUAGCAUCAAGUCAGUUCACGGUCUCUGGCCAACACGGCCAUGAACUGGGAACUUUCAACCAAAUAUGAAGACAACAGCGGAGAGAGAGAAAGGGGAGCUGGUUUUUGGAGAGGAAUUGGUUUCUUUCUCUAGGUUUUGAGCCCAAAACACCAAAGGGGAGUUCUAGUGAGAGAGAGAGAGAGAGAGCGCUCGAGUAAUCUUGGAGCUUAAUUGGAGGCUUGGGUUGAUCUUGAAGACAAGGAUUCAAGCCUAGAAGAAGAAGAAGAUAUUAGGCCCAAUUUGUAAUCUCUCUCUUCUCUCUCUAGAAACUCACCCUCUUCUCUUGGUUUAAGAAUCCUAGGCAUAGAUUUGGGUUUAAUGUUGAUGUAUGUGACAAACUCCAUGAUUGAUUGAUGAUUUUACUUAAUUUGGAU